UGGAAGUCCAUAGUUGAGGAUUUAGUGCUUACAAAACGAGAGAGAGAGAGAGAGAGAGAGAGAGAGGAAGAGCUGCUUGAGUCUAAGGCGCGCGCAGGGAACCCAACUGAUCUUUGGCGGGGAAUUGGGAUGCUUCCUUAUUCUCGUUUCUACUUGCUUUGGCCGGUAUGAACUCUGACGGUGCUUCAGGUCGGUGGGUGAUUGAUUUGCUCUGACGCCGGCCGUAUGCACAUAGUCUUUGGAUCAAAUGACCUACUACUUGUAGUUUGUUUAUCAAUUCCGUUCAGGAUGAUAAGGUUGAAGCUCCCGCUUAACCUAGUCGAACCAACCCCUAAACAUAAGUUGGAACAAGUCCGCUACUUGAUAUACUAGUAGAGGCUGAUUUCAAAAUCAAACAUAUUUUGGGUAAAGCAAAGCAGGAGGUUCCUUUCUUCCUCUCGCUGCUUUCUGUUUGACAAGCCCACUGCGAGGGAAGACACCUCAACUCAAUCAUGGAUUCCUCAGCGAGUUGCCCGGUCUGUAACCAAAGCUUCCCGCCAUCGCUGCUCCACUGGCAUGUCGACACCCACUUCGAUUCGGAGCAGGAGGAGAAUCUUGUCGUUUCAAACGACGAGCAGCUUGCAAGAGACCUCGAAUUGGCGGAGCAGCUUUCCCUCUCUCACGCGCUGCUAAAUCAAUCCCUAGACCAGGCGGAACCCCUCCUAAUUGCUUCGCAGACCAGAAGCUCCUUCCAUCGCGUUGCAACGGACGGCGGUUUGAUGACCUUGCUGUACGAGAGGCUACAAUCUGGAGGCGCCAAGUUCAAUGGCCAGGGCAAGGGCAAGUACGCUGCCGCUGCCCCGGCGACUACCUUGUUGGCCGGUUACGUGGAUCACUACCAAAGCAGGCGCGGGGAGGAUUCCGGAUGGGGUUGCGGAUAUCGCAACAUCCAGAUGCUGGCCUCUCACUUGCUCAAUUCCAGGCCAGAUGCAAGGGAAGUUCUAUUUGGUGGUUCUGGUUUUGUUCCUGAUAUUCCUUUCCUCCAGGGUUGGCUUGAGGUCGCUUGGCGGAAGGGUUUCGAUCCACUUGGCUCUCAACAGUUCCACCAUUCCAUCCGUGGCUCCAAACGCUGGAUUGGUACUACUGAAUGCGCUGCAUUGUUGCGAUCUUUUGGCAUUCGAGCCAGAAUUGUGGAUUUCGGCCCUAAGAAAUUGGAAUCCCUUUUCCUCUCAGUUCCUGGUACUAGCGUUGCUCCUCCCAAGAAAAAGAAAUCAUCUCUUGUCCGAGGUCCCAUGGAUAGAUAUCUGGUUCGCAAUGACACAAGAAAGGACGAUAGUGGGCAGACGGAUUCCAAUUCAUGUGGCGAGCCUCAGAGCAGCGGCAAGAAUAGAUUCUGCAAUGGUGGAACCAGUCCCAAUAACCCCUCGGAUGCCCAGGUUCUGGUGGAUUGGGUGUGGAACUACUUCUCGCAUCAAGGGACCAAGGUCUCUGCCCAACAGCAACGAGUUGUGAUGACUGGGAAAGCGCCGUUGUACUUCCAGCAUGAUGGGCACUCAAGAACCAUAGUUGGGAUUCAGUGUAAACAGCAACAUAGUUAUGGAUCACCAGAGUACACUCUCUUGAUAUUGGACCCAGCUCAUAGGACAGAAGCUCUAGAAAGAUCAAUCAAAACGAAUGGUCAAUGGGAGAAGUCGAUAAAAAGAGGAGUACACACAUUGAAGAAAAGCCAAUAUCAGAUAUGUUACAUCGAUCCAGGGAUCGCAAGCAUAGAAGAGAUGGAGCUCCUCAAGAAUUUAGAUAGUACCUAUUUUGAGUUGUGAGGAGGGGAUAUUGUCAAGCAAGAUUCACAGGUUUUGAAGACUUGUUGCAGCAGUGUCAUCUAAUUUAACAUUAACCUCAGUGAUGCUGAAAAGAAUUGGGAGCAAGUGGCGCUUCCGGUGCUCCUUAUUUUUAGCACGAUCCUUUCAUGUAUCUUAUGCAUCUCAAAGCUUACUGUUAUGUGGGAAAUAAGUACCGGGACGUCAUUUGUUGUAUUCUUUUUAAGGGUGAUAUAGGUUUUGUAUUAACAUUUGGUGCCACUGAAGGGAUUCAAACAUGAAAACUCCAGCUCGAAGACUAAUGGAUUAACCGCUAGACCAAAUCCUUAUUCAUGACGCCAUUUGUUCUUAUUGUUGAUCCCUAGAGCAUUUCACUGUUGAACCGUUAGAUUGACAUCCAGGGUACAAAAUAUUAACGGAAAGGGG